AUGGGUCAAAACUAAAAUAAAUAGCUUGAAAAAUAGAAAUAAAAGAGUAUAACAGUAGAUUUGAAUGAUAAUGCUUUAAUGGAAGAUUUAUCCAAUAAUAGUUAACAAAAUAUCACUACAAUCGUAUUUAGAAUGAAUUCUUCUUAAUAAUUUGGUGAUAAAUAACUCUUAUAAACUGCAGCUGUUUUGAAAAAUUGCAAAGAUAUCACCUAACUUUGCCUUUAUUUUGAUUUGAGAUAGUAUCGUGAAGAAAAUAUUGGAAUUUAAGCUUAAAGAUCUCUUUAAAGUGCUUUGAUAAAUUGCUAGAAUCUAAAUUAUUUAACCAUAGCAUUAAAUAAGUUAGAUCUAAUUGAAGGAGAUUAAUCUCUUAUAAUUGCUCUUUAAAAUUUAAAAAAAAUAGUAAAAUGUAUUAUUUUUUUAGAUAAUUGUAUGAAUGAUUCUGCAUCAUACAAUAUUGGAAUAUAAUUACAGAAGUGCUCAAACAUCCUUUUCUUAAAUCUUUUUAUUAUCUAUACAAGUAAAAAUAUAAGAUAUCUAGAAUAUACUGAAAAAGGAAGAGCGUAGAUUAAAAGAAGAAUGACUAAAAUGAAAAGAUUAGUUAAAUACAAUAAUAUAUAAUGA